AUGCCCGGGGCAGCGGCAGAGCAGUCACUCACGGCACCUGUGGGAGGACAGCGGGCCCGUUCCCCCAUCCCAGCCCGGCCUGCCCUGACUCCGGGCUCCCCCCGCGAGACGCAGACACCCCCCAUCCCCCGGCAAGCCCCCCCGGCCCCCCCGCACCGCUGCCGCCGCCGCUUUUCCCGCCUGCGCAGCGCGAACCGCGCGGAGCCGCCGCCGCCGGAAGUCGCGCGACUUCCGCCAUGGCGCCGGUCCGCGCUGGCGUCCCCUGGCGACGGGGCGGGCCCGUGCAGCGCGCUCCGCCGCGCUACGAGCGGCCCCGCCCACCGAGGGGAGGGGCGGGGCCAAAGCGGCCGGGACCCCGCCCCCCAGCCGCCGUUGUGCCCCGCGCAGAACCACAGAGAGAAGGGGGAGAGACCCCAUUGGCCAGCACGGGGCGAGCCCCGUGACGUCACCUGGUGUGGGGACAACCCUCCCCCCAAAGCCGGGGCGCCCCAAAGUGUUGGAACCGGACAACGGGGCGGCCCAGAGCGGGGCACCCCCGAAACCGCACGCACGGGGCACCCCCCUCCUGCUCCCGUGCCGGGGUGUCUCCCCAAACCAGGCAUCCCCAGGCUGGGGCGCACCCCCCACGUGCACCCCCGGGCGGGGCUCCCCCGUGCCCGCAUGGAUCCCCCAUUUGGGGCUCCCCCCCAUAGCGAGCCCGGGGAAGGACCCUGCCUGCACCCCUCCAUCCCCCCAGGAACGGGGGGGCGACCCCUCCCGUCCCCCCGGGCCCUGCCCCCGCCUCCGCCCGCCCGCACCGCCCUCGCUGCCCGCACCCCUGCGGGUGCUGCCCACACCCUCCGGUACCCGCACCCUGCCCGCGCCCCUGCCGCCCCGCCGUGCCCUGCCCGCAGCCCCGCCUUGCCCUGCCCGCAGCCCGGUCGCCGGCCGCCCCCCGCGCUGCCCAUGUCCCUCCAGCGCUCCCGCACCCGCUGGGUGAGCGACUUCUUCUCCUACGAGACCACCAAGUCGGUGGUGGUGAAGAGCUGGGUGGUGGGCGUCGUCAACCGCGGCGUCCAGCUCCUCAUCCUCGCCUACUUCGUCGGCUGGGUGUUCCUCCAUGAGAAAGCGUACCAGGUGCGGGACACCGCCAUCGAGUCCUCCGUGGUCACCAAGGUGAAGGGCGUGGGGCGCUACGCGGGGCAGGUGAUGGACACGGCCGACUACGUCACGCCCCCCCAGGGCACCUCGGUGUUCGUGGUGGUCACCAAGCAGAUCCGAACCGAGGACCAGGCGCAGGGCGUGUGCCCGGAGAGCGAAGCCGCGUUCCACUGCUCGGCGGACCGGGACUGCCGGGAGCUGAGCCCGGGCACGAGCAACGGGCUGCUGACAGGGCGCUGUGUCCCCUACAACGCGACCCUGCGCACCUGUGAGAUCCAGGGCUGGUGCCCGCCCGAGGUGGACACCGUUGAUGUCCCCAUCAUGCUGGAAGCUGAGAACUUCACCCUCCUCAUCAAGAACAGCAUUCGCUUCCCGCUCUUUGGCUUUGAGAAGACCAACCUGCCACCCCCUGGCAGUGGGGCGGAGCUGGGCCGGUGUCGCUUCCACCCACAGCUGCAGCCCCUGUGCCCCAUCCUGCGCCUGGGGGACGUGGCACGUCUGGCUGGGCAGGACUUCCCUGCGCUGGCUGCCACCGGGGGGGUGCUGGGGAUCAAGAUCGGGUGGGUGUGUGACCUGGACCGGGCCUGGGAGCGCUGCCUGCCCCGCUACUCCUUCACCCGCCUGGACAGCCUGGCCCGGACCCCUGCCCCUGGAUACAACUUCAGGCACGCCAGGUACUACCGCUGGCCUGAUGGCUCCGAGCGCCGCACCCUCAUCAAGGCCUUCGGGAUCCGCUUUGAUGUCCUGGUGUAUGGCAGUGCCGGGAAGUUCGGCAUCGUUCCCACCCUCAUCAACACGGUGGCUGCUUUCACCUCCAUCGGUGUGGGCACAGUGCUGUGCGACAUCAUCCUGCUCAACUUCCUCAAGGGCGCUGAGCACUACAAGGCCCGCAAGUUCGAGGAGGUGUCAGAGGCCGGCGUGCCCGCCACCCCCUCAGCGUGUCCCCCCGGAGCGCUGGGGACCUGCUCCCGGGACAAGCAAUCCACCGACUCGGGCACCUUCUCCCUCGGCCUCUAGCCCCGGGGGCCAUGUGGCAGCCCCCCGCCUGUGCACCCCGCUGUGGGGCAGCCCACGGCCUGCUGAGGGGCUCGCCGGGACCCCCGUCAGGCUCCCACUGCCCGCCCAGUCUCCAGUGCUCCCCCUGUGAGC